AUGGCUUACCAAAUACACACGUCCACACCCUGCCGUCCUGGUAUUCCGAGUGCAUCCGAAUACAUUUUUCCUAUUUCGCCGUCGUGUCGAAACGCUUUGAUUCCUCAUUCGAUUCUGAAGAAGCCAGGACAUUCGUUAGGCAGCACUGAAAUGAUUUCGAGCCAGACUUCGGACUCAUCCACUGCCAGCACCAGUAAAAAUAGUCAGAACAGCGAUAGAGUCAAGCUGAAAAUUGCCCUGCGCCUGCUCACUACCAUGGCAGUAGCUACCGGUGUCCUGUGUGUGAUGAGUUUACAGUUCUUCCUGCAAGUCAACUGGAGCGUCCUCAUCGCGAAAUACGUUACUCUCAAGCAGUUCUAUGUUUGUGAAUUUCAUUACUUGGCCAGCGAAAUUGGUGAAACCCUGGAUGUUGCCGUGCUUAUCUGUUCGACAACCGCCUUCUUCAUCUCGCUCUUGCAGAUCUUCUUCGUGCUGAAACUCUACAAAUCGCACAAUGCAGCUACCAUGCCCCCUCAUUUCUUCGAGCUUGCACGGAUACUUAUUUGCUCAAUCGUACGAUUUUUUCAGUCCCCUCGAGUAUCUGGAUCGUACGAGUUUCAUGCGUCUGGUCAUCUAUUCAUUUUGGUUUCUCUCUGUGGUGUUCAUGAUAGCAGCAAUUCUGCUGUUGUGUGUGCUGAAUCCAGCCCGAGGAACGAUAUCGAAAGGAGUGGGACUCUCGCUUGGCGUAUCGGCAAUGCUGUGCUGCGGGGUGACUACGCUGAAGACGAUCCUUUUUUGGACGCAAUCCACAUCGUCACCUACUACCAACAAUAA